GAUGUGACAUUGUUUUACAUUCUACCUACAGAAGAAACCGAGUCUUCUGAGUCAGGAAAGCUAAGUGAAACCAAUGAAGUUGUCAAGCACUUGUCAAGAACAAGAUUAGUAAGUUCACUCCACAGUAGACUUCUGGUCAUGUUAAAACACUCCGUGGAUGAAAUCUUUUUUGUCUGAAAGGCUCAUUAGCCACUAUCCCAGUGAUUAAGAGCGGUAAAUGUAAGCUUGCCUGUCUAAUAUCUUAUUAUGCAGUUUUGUCAGUACUGUACUUCUGACCUUGACCAUACCCAAAGCAUGAAACUAUUUCAACUAUUUUUAAGUUUCUUUGACUUCCCUUGCCUGUUUGUGUUAACAGUCACGGUAAGUUAUUCAGUCAUAGUAUGUCAGCAUGAUUAUGUUUGCCUCAUAACAGUGUCCUUCAUACUUUUAAACUGUGCCAUAUACAUUGUAGAUCUUGAGGCAGAUAUAGAUUAGUAGGAAGCAUAAAAAGCUGGAAAAUCAGUAAAAAGGUCAAGACAGAAAAUAUAGGACCCCUUGACACCAGUCCAGUUUCAAACAGUGCUGUAAUGCUGUCCUUUAAUUAGGUGGAAAAAAUCCUUUCAUUAUUCUGAAGGGGGAGGGCUGUCUGAAAUUCAGCUGUAGUAGUAUAUGGUUAUCAAAUAGUACCUGUGACCAGCAAUGUUGCCUCCUACUUUCAUCAUCAGAACACUUUGUUUACCCUUAAAAACCCAGUUGUGGAACACUUCAUGUUGAAAACCCUUGCAGGACAAUUACAUGACUCAGUACAACUAGUAACUGAAGAAGUGGUUUUUGUCAUAAUGAUGGUAGUUUGUACAGUAUAUAUAUUCUUUGUUAUUAUUAAUAUCAUAGGAUAAGGAAAAUACCCCAAGAAGAGCAAAGAGUUGGUUUGCUCAGAGAAAAGAAGGAGAUCCUUAUGAUGCAGACUCUGAACCUGAACAUGGAGCUAUCCCUUUAACAGCAAUGACUAUUGAUCAGAACAUUCCUCUGGAUAAACAACUCUUCCAUUCCAGGCUGUCACCAGUACAUACAGAUCAUUCUACACCAAGCAUAGCUGCACCAAACUGUGGUUACCAAACCUCAGAUUGUUAUGGAUUUGAUAGCAUGCCUUCACCACUACCUUUUUCUCCAGUGGGACAACCUGUUUUGCCACCUAGUUUUGUCCCCAGCUCUCCUGGAUCUGUUUCUGUUACAUCAUCGAUUACGUCAAUAUCUCCUGGAAAAAGGAAAGCUGAUCCUCGUAUUUUUGAUGUGCCAAUCGAGAGACCAAGCAAAAAAAUGAAAAAAAAGAAAACCAAAUUGUUGGUGAGUAUUUUGUUGAUAAUAAGCAAUUAUUGGAGACCCAACAAGGCAAAUGCCAGUCAGGUGACAGACUGGCAAUGACAUGACUUUGUGAUAUUGAUGAGAAAACCCUCUGGACUCAAGUUAACAAAUCACUGACAAUUUUCCAUGUUCUGUACUCUUAUUGACACCAUUGCAUAAUUUCCAUGGUCUUAACUCCUAUCAAACAUAGCUGUCAGCCAAUAAGGGCAUGAGAAAUUGCUCAGUUGUAAAAUCUGUGUUUGAUGUGGCAAGUGGCUCAUUAGGCCAAAGCAGAAAGCAACUAGGGAUAUGUCUUCUUUCCCCUGGAUGGAAUGCUAGUCCAUCACAGGGUUACCGCCCAGAAUUUGAUUCACCAGUACACACCUGGGUGGAAGAAAGAAUUGUGAGAGUGAAGUGUCUUGCCUAAGAGCACAACAUACAUGUAGUACCUAUGCGGCUACAGCUUGAACCUGGACUUCUCUAGCCAUUAUGCCAGUGUUUCUCCACUUGUUAUGUUGUCAAAAAGUUUUCACCAAUACUAACUUAGUUUUGCUCCCAUCUGGUUUCCCAGAGUUUACAGUCUCAUUUCUAACAUGCAAAAUAGCUGGUGGUGAAAAAUCUACAAACCUCUAGGAAACCAAGUAUUAAGCAGCUAAAUUUUCAUCCUAAAUAUUGUUGGGGUCAUCAGGCAAAUUUCUGGAAAUCAUUUUCCUUGGCUACUGAAUUGCUGUCCCCGCUAAGCAGACAUCUCCAGAUAAUGAGAGUUUGUUUGGUCAAGUUCACCCCCCUUUUUUUCUUUGCAUCAUUUACAGCUUUGCAUCAAACUCAAGAUAUCUUAUUUGAACCUUUUCAGGAUACAGAAGAUGAAGACUGGGUAUAUGAGUUGAAAGCACAGUUUCAAGAAGUAGAAAUGGUUGAUCUUGUUAUUGACUAG